GGAAAAAAUUUACAAAAGAUGUCCUGUUCAACACAAGAUAGUGGGCAGAAUAUUGACAAGAGUCAAUUGUUUUCACGUCAACUUAAAGAUGGCGUUGAUGGUGUUUCAAAGGAUCAUAGUUCAGCUCAACUAACUGAUGUGCUGAGCAACGAGCCUGACACGGUAAGUGAGCAGUUUUCCGAAAUUCACUGCGUGCCCCGUCGAAUAGAUAUCCCGCAAAAACAACUCCGCCAGAUUAUAGACAUCGCUCUACACGUGUACAACAACUUGGUGCUGGUGCCCUCGCGAAGCACCUGGCGAAAAGUUGAGGGCGCCCGUAGGGAGUUGGAGCGGGAAAUCGAACGCACUGCAAUGCAAGAAAUCGCCGAGACCAUCAAGAAAGAGGUGGAUCGGCAAUUAGGGGGGUGUUGGCAUGUUAUUUAUGGUUAUGAGUUUGGCUCCUAUGUUACGCAUAAGAGUCUAUCCUUUUGCUACUUUCAGCUAAACGAUGCAAAUGUUAUGGUGUGGCGUCAGGGCGGGUGA